AUGGGGGCCGCGACCCCCAGCGCCUCCCUCCUGCUGCUGAGCCUGAGGACCCUCCUUCUCCUCGGCUGGGGCUGCUCGGCCCAGGACUUCGUCUUUGACCCGGACUGGGGCUUCACCUCGUACGAAGUGAUCAUCCCCCGGCAGCUGGUGACACGCGGGGGCGGCCGCCAAGAGGCGGGCCGCACCACCUACCUCCUGCGCUUCGGGGGCAAGAGGAACAUCGUCCACCUGCGGCCCAAGAAGCUCCUGCUGUCCCGAAACCUGCGCGUGUUCACCUUCACGGAAGAUGGCGUGCAGGUGGAGGACCAGCCCUACGUGCCGACCGACUGCAACUUCCAGGGGUCAGUGGAGGGCUCCCCUCAGUCCCAAGCGAUGCUGAGCACCUGCCUCGGGGGCUUGCGGGGGAUGCUGAGGAUCGAGGACAGCUUCUACCAGAUCGAGCCCAUCCAGGCGUCUUUCAGCUUCGAGCACGUGGUCUAUCGCCUGAAGGAAGAUCCGGUCAGCAACUUCACCUGCGGCCUGACCGAUCAAGAGAUUGAGCGGCAGCUGAGCAAGCUGAAGAACCUGACCUCCCCGAGAGCCCACUCCUGGACCUCGACCUACGUUCACCAGAAGUACAUGGAGUUGAUGAUCAUCCUGGAUAAACUGCGAUUCCUCUUUCUGAAUUCCAAUUUAACAAAAGCCAUCAGUGACACUAUUGUUAUGACCGGUGUCAUGGACACGUACUUUCAGGUUUUGAAUGCCAGAAUACAAUUAACCGCCAUUGAGGUUUGGACAGAUGUUAGCAAAGUGAAUACUUCUGUGAAAAAAUUGACACAAGUUCUCGACCAGAUAGCCCACUAUAGAAAUAAUAUUCUAUAUCAUAGAAUUAGAACAGAUUGGACACACUUGUAUGUGCAUAAAUAUUACCCUGAUGCAUUGGGAUGGGCCUUUGUUGGAACUGUCUGUGAAAGGAAGUUUGGAGUAUCAACAAGCACUUUGCCAAAUAGAAACCUGGUUGCUCCUGCUACGUGGUCUGCUCAUGAAUUGGGCCAUGGUGUUGGCAUGCCCCAUGAUAAAAGAGGUUGUUAUUGUCAAGGUAAAACAGACUGUAUCAUGGGCACUGGUGGAAGGUUUGGUUUCAGUAAUUGCAGUUUUAUACAUUAUUUCAACCUUGUGACUGGGAAAGGUGUGUGUCUAGAUAAUGUACCUGGAUUUCAGUAUACACUGAAGAAAUGUGGAAACAAAGUAGUAGAUUCGGGAGAAGAGUGUGACUGUGGUACAAUAGAGGAAUGUAAAAAGGAUAUGUGCUGUCAACCUGAUUGUAAAUUGAAACCUGGUGCACAGUGUAACAUCGGUUUGUGCUGUACCAAUUGUCAGUUCAGUCCAUCUGGACGUGUAUGUAGGAGUAAACAAAAUGACUGUGACCUUGUGGAGUUCUGCAAUGGAACUUCAAAUCUAUGCCCAAAUGAUUUUUAUAAGCAAGAUGGAACUCCGUGCAGUAAUGAAGCCCACUGUUACCGUAAGGGAUGUUAUGAUCGCUAUUUGCAGUGCAAAGAAAUUUUUGGAACUGGCGCCAUGGAUGCUCCGUAUGUAUGCUAUCACGAAGUGCAUAGAAGAGCUGAUCGAUUUGGUAACUGUGGCUUCAUAGGCCGAGGUUACAGAAAAUGUAAGAUGAAUGAUAUAUUGUGUGGAAGAUUGCAAUGUGUCAAUGUAAAGAAUGUCCCAGAAAUGCCUGAUCACACAACAGUCGUUUUUACUCAUGUGAAGGAGUUUAAUAUUCGGUGCUGGGGGACAGACUAUCAUCCCUCAAUGGUUGCAAUGGCGUUACCUGAUGAUGGAGUCAUUAAAGAUGGCACUUCCUGUGGUACAGACUCUAUAUGUAUAAACAAAAUAUGUCGCAAUAUUUCAGUCCUCAGAUAUGACUGUGACCCAGAGAAGUGCAACAAACGAGGUGUUUGCAACAACAGGAAACACUGCCAUUGUAACUAUGGAUGGGCCCCUCCCUUCUGUGAGACUCCUGGUUAUGGAGGAAGCAUUGACAGUGGACCGGCAGGAAAAGUGGAAAUCGUUUCCAAGCCAGUUAAAGUUGUGCCCAUUAUGUUUAUUCGACUUAUUUUAUUAGUCGUCUCAUUGGUUCUGGUAAUCUUGAAAGAAGUGAUAGGAAAAUUCCUCAAGCGAAAGGUGAAAGUGGUAGUUCAUUUAGCAAAAAAACCUCUGGCAAAGAACAAAGGGGAGAAAAGGGGAGAAAAGGUCCCAAAGAAACACCCCAAACCUCCCAAAUGA